UGCAUUUUUGGGGGCACCCACGUUGUCGUUUCAUUGACAUUUAGCAACACUAGAGAUAAACCUAAGAGGGUUUAAUCUCUUUUCCUCAAUUCAUUCUUGGCUGCCUAGUGCUGUUUUUUGGUCUCUUCUCUCUUAUCCAUCCAUGGCAUCUACAUUUCUCACAUUACCAACUUCCUUUCUACACAAAAACAAUGCCAUCUCUUUCUCUAACAAGAGACCCUCAUUUUUGCAGAGGAGCUCUCUGAAGAUAACCGCAAUUUCCAAAAAAUGGGAACCCACUAAGGUUGUGCCUCAGGCUGAUAGAGUUCUUAUCCGUCUGGAGGAGCUAUCAGAUAAAACAGCUGGUGGAGUUUUGCUGCCCAAGUCAGCUGUGAAAUUUGAGCGAUACCUUGUAGGAGAAGUCCUCACCGUUGGUGAUGAGGCUGGAGAACUAAAGGCUGGAACAAAGGUACUAUUCACUGACAUGAAUGCUUAUGAGGUGGAUUUGGGAACUGAUGCAAAACACUGCUUCUGUAAAGCAAGUGACUUAUUGGCCGUGGUUGAGUAGAGUAGUCUUUUUGAUAAUAUCUUUGACAAAUGUAUUUUUAGUAGAAUAAACCAUUUUUAUUUAUUGGUGUUAAAAUUUCAUCUUCUAUGUUAUAAUAACUUGGUGCUUUCUCGAGGUAGUUUUUGAUUCAAAACUCUACUCAUAAAGAUGUUAUUUGUGUUUGCAUUUA